CCGUGUGUUGUAGUCGGUGUGUGUGUUUAUCUCGCAUCACGUUUAUUGUGUGAACCGUUCGCGGGCGGCGCUCGCGCUCUGACGCAGUUAUUACCGUGUGUUUGUGUGUGCGUACGUGUGUGUCGGUUCGCGUGACACAAUUCGCGUGCACUAAGACCCCAUUAGCCGACGCCGUGAGUUUCCGUCGGCCGCAGGCAUCAGUGGCGAACGGGGCAUCGGCGUGCGCGCGUUUACUUUUCGUCGACGGUUUUGAAUCCGAUAAGAGAUAGACUCUUCUUCUCUGCCUCGUAUAUUUUCUUUCGAUUUCAAUAUAUUUUUACCUUUCGACCGGACGACAUCCGUCGUCAUCGCGAACAACCGUGGUGUUAUGAAAUCGGGCGGACGCGUGUCCGGCGAUACGUUUUUAGUAGUGUGAGACCAACGUCGGACCCGACACUCGUGUCGACCACUACGCGCCGAGGACUGACACCCAUCAACCACCACCACACCCCGCACACUGUUAGCUUGUCGCAUAGGUGUUGUCGUUCGGUUGUGCGACGAUGAUGGACGACGACGACGACUACAGCAAGACGUGCGGUCCCGUGCUGGACCGCCGGAACCCGGUGAAUCUGGAUGAGCUGUUCGUACCGCUCGGCACCAAGUCCAAAGAAUGCGACAACUUGCUGGCCGUGGCCGAGGAGGAUUCCGGGGCUGAAGAUGACGUGGCCGCCGUGGAUACGGUCGCCACCAAGACCACAAGCUUGGUAAACGACAUAAACACGAGAUUUUCCAACGAUUGCACGCAAACCGUCGGACCGUACUUGGAUAUGGCUGAUCCGUCGCGCAAGGUCAGCGUCCGCGACCUGUUUAAACCAUUGGACUGCAAGUCCAAAGAGGUACAGAACUUGGCCGAAGAACGAUCAUCGGACGACGAUGAAGACGACCACCACAAAACCGAGGGUGCAGGUGACUACCAGACGACCGGAGCAGAGCACGACCAACAACAAACCCAGACCUGCGGGCCCGUCCUCAUCGACAGUGGCAGCUAUGGUAACUCGCCGGUUAAACAGCAAUUGGAGCGGAUUUUCGAUCAAAAUCCGGAAGAGGGUAACGACGAUCGUGAAAAGGAACAACCGCCACAACAACAACAACCACAGCCAAAGCAGGAUGAGCAGCCGCCGCGUCCACAACCGGACGGUGCCGACGAAAACGCUCAGCCGUUGGCCGGUAUCGACGACGAAGACGACAACGACGAAGACGGCGGCUUACAGCGGCCACCCGCUAACCCCGAUCACGGUAUAUUGACCACCAAGGACGGUACGCCGCUGAUCCGGUUACGUAGUAAAAAGUCCAUAAUGGAAUCGAGAUUCAAGCUCACGAUGCGCACGUGGGACGACGUCUGGAAGUCCACGGCAUGGGCCAAGUUCGCGCCUGACAAGCUGAAACACACGUUGCAAAGGUCGGCCCGGAACCAAGGAGAGCUUAAAGCCGGCGACUCGACGUCGAAGAAGCAGACGGCUACGGCGGCGGCAAUGGCUGCGGCCGGGACGACCGCGACCGCGGUGCCGGUCAAGAAGAGUCGGUUCAGGGUGCAGCACGUCCAGAUCGACGACCAGCCGUCGGUGAUCGUGGCCGCGGCCAAGCGGUCCCCGAAACCGCCGCUGUCGUCGUCCAGCGGCAGCAGCGACACGGACAGCGAUCGGCUGCCGGCCGGUCUACCGAUGAUCGAAAGCAAUCUUAACGAGCUGACGAUGGUCGAGUCACAGCUGAAGAAGCUGGAGCGGGAGCACGAGGCCAAGCACCAGCUGCUGACGCCCAAGAACGACGGCGCGGCCGAAAAGUCGUCGUCGACCGCCGACGACGGGGGCCACAAACAGCCACACCAGCAGCAGCGGGCCGUCGGUAGCGGCGGCGGCGGCGGUGACGGGAAAAAAGACAAGUCGGCCGCCACUAAGGUGGGCUCCAGGGCCGCGGAAACGCACUCCAAACGGUUGGGCUGGCUGAAGGCGUUCCGGCGCAAGUCGUCGGCCGACACGAGUUCGGACACAACAUCCGCCGGCGGCACAAACCCGCCGGCGGCCCAACACGCUGCCAAGCCCGUCAAACACAAGCAGCAGACGGCCGCGACCAAAUCGUCUGCCGCCGGUAGACAAUCGUCGUCGCCCAGACAACAACAGAAACAACGCGCGUCGUCGACAGCCGGCGCCGCCAGACCGAGACAACAACAACGUGCGACACCGGGCAGUGAUGCAGCCACAAAUAGCAGUUCUACAGGAGGAGGAGGAGGAGGAGUUGGAGGCGGUGGUGGAGGAGUAGGUGGAGGCAGUGGUGCCUCCACAGUGACAAGUACACGCGGAUCGUCUCGCAGCCGUUCAUCGGAAGAGCCGCACAUUGGCAAAUACAAACUGCUCAAAACCAUCGGAAAAGGAAAUUUCGCCAAAGUCAAACUAGCCAAACAUGUACCUACCGGAAAGGAGGUCGCGAUUAAAAUCAUUGAUAAAACUCAAUUAUUACCCGGAAGUUUGCAAAAACUUUUUAGAGAAGUUAGAAUAAUGAAAAUGUUGGACCAUCCGAAUAUAGUUAAAUUAUUACAAGUUAUAGAAACUGAAAAAACACUAUAUUUAGUUAUGGAAUAUGCUAGUGGAGGUGAAGUAUUUGACUACUUGGUAUUACACGGACGCAUGAGAGAAAAAGAAGCAAGAGCCAAAUUUAGACAAAUUGUUUCAGCAGUCCAAUACUGCCAUCAAAAAAGAAUCAUACACAGAGAUUUAAAGGCUGAAAACUUAUUACUGGAUAGUGAAAUGAACAUAAAAAUAGCAGAUUUUGGAUUUAGUAACGAGUUUACACCUGGUGGUAAACUUUAUACAUUUUGUGGUAGUCCUCCAUAUGCCGCACCUGAACUAUUCCAAGGAAAGCGUUACGAUGGACCAGAAGUUGAUGUUUGGUCAUUAGGAGUUAUUCUGUAUACUUUGGUUAGCGGUUCUCUGCCUUUUGACGGUUCUACCCUGAGAGAGCUAAGGGAAAGAGUAUUGCGUGGCAAAUAUAGAAUACCGUUUUAUAUGUCAACAGAUUGUGAAAAUUUAUUGAAAAAGUUUCUUGUUUUAAAUCCACUUAAAAGAGCAUCAUUAGAGGUUAUCAUGAAAGACAAAUGGAUGAACUUAGGUUGCGAAGAAGAUGAACUAAAACCUUAUGUAGAACCAGAACAAGAUUUCAAAGAACCAAAACGAAUAGUCUGUCGAGUUACAGAAAUAUUAGUUGGAAUGGGUUACAGCCGUGGAGAAAUAGAAGAGAGUUUAUCUCAAGCUAAAUAUGAUGAUAUAUUUGCUACUUAUCUUUUACUAGGAAGAAAAUCUAACGAUCCUGAAAGUGAUGGUUCUCGAUCUGGUAGUUCAUUAUCAUUAAGAGGAAUCACUGGACCAAAUCCUGGUGUAAAUAACACCAACAAUGUAGCGGCCGUGAACAAUACUAAUCAAUCGCCAUCACAUCGAGGUGUACAUAGGUCAAUAUCUGCAACCAAUUCCAAACCUAGCAGAAGGGCUUCAUCUGGUGGUGAAACUUCUGCUUUGACCACAAACCAUCCAAAUUCUAGCAAUGUUCCUGCUACCAAUAAUACAUCAAACAAUCAACAAACAACCCAUAACUCUACAAAUAAAACAAGUACCCCCAAUUCAACCAAUCACAAUCACAAUGUGGCCAUUCCAAGUACUAAUUUCAAGCGUCAAAAUACUAUUGACGCUGCCAGCAUCAAAGAGAAUACAGCUCGGCUAAACUCUAGACCUGAAAAUAUGAUAGGACCAAAACAACGAUCAAUGGCUCCAGGAGGGUCAGUGGGUAGAAGAAGUACAAUCAGUUAUGAUGCUAAAGCAGCCGUAUCAACUCCUCCUGUAAUGGAUCCAGCAAGUGCGUUGGCUGUACCUAAUUCUGGUUCUGGAUGUGGAGAUACACGAUCCAAAGGUCACGUCAAAUCUGCCUCUGUGUCUAGUGCCACAGAACACGCCACAGAACCUCCUGCCCACCCGAGGGGUGUUACUGUAUCACCUGCAUCACCAGCAGUCAAUAGCCGACAGCCAUUCCCGAGGAAUGUGCCUAGUCGCCAGACCUUCCAUUCUGGUCAAAAUAGACAUAGAGGUUAUACUGGCGUUGGACCUACUAACAACACUGGCAGUCCACAUGAUCCAUCUGUGCAAAGGCCAUCAUUCUUUUCAAAAAUAUCAUCCAAGUUUGUUAAACGGCCAAUGGAUCAAAAUCUGCCCAAAAAUAAUAUUGUUAGUAAUACAGUGAAUGACGAUCAAAUGAAACCCAGAUCGUUGAGAUUCACAUGGAGUAUGAAAACGACGUCUACAAGAGACCCAAACGAGAUUAUGGCUGAAAUAAGAGAGGUGCUGGACGCCAACAAUUGCGAUUACGAACAGCGCGAGCGCUUCCUGUUGCUGUGCGUGCACGGUGACCCGAACACUGACUCGCUGGUCCAAUGGGAGAUCGAGGUGUGCAAGCUGCCCAGACUGUCGCUGAACGGCGUACGGUUUAAACGCAUAUCGGGCACGUCCAUCGGGUUCAAGAACAUUGCGUCAAAAAUAGCCAACGAUCUAAAGCUCUGACUACACACCGAAAACCUGCCGUCUACCGACGAAUAGGUUUUUUGGUUUCCGUACGAAAAAAAAAUUACACACACCCACACAUCAACCCGCACACACACAAAUACACAUGCGCUCGCGUGCGUGCGUACAAUAUAUGCACACACGGAACAGACGGAACGGGAGCAGCGCGUAUAACCAUCGAAUAACGAUAAUAUUAUGAUAUUGUAUUAAUAUUAUUACUAUUAUUAUUAUUAUUAGGUCUAAAAUAUUAUAUAAUAUAUGAUUAUAAUAUUUUGUCUAUAACCGACAACGAACACGCGUCGCCUUUUGCGACCAGCUAGGACUCAGUCGUUGCGUCAUACGAAUACGUACAUAUUACAAAUUAUACACACAAAUCUUAUACCCGUAUAAAUAUUUAAAUAAUAAAACAACUUAGAAAAAACGGCGGUAGGAUAUUCUGCUCGCCACCAAACAUUGUCCGAGACAGACGCAGCGUGUGUUCCGGCAAAUCGUUUUUGUAAAAAUAAAAGUGUUUUUUCAAUGAUUUUGUUUUCGUUUUCGUUAUAUGAUUUUUACUUUUUUUUUUUUAAUUUUGAUUUGAUUUAAUUUUUUUAAACUUAAUUUCGUUUUGAUUCAUUUUCAUUUUCGAUAAUCUAAAUAUGCCUUUGAUUUUUACUAUAUGAAUUAAUUUAAAUAAAAUAAAUAUCGUUAGAAAUGACUGCCCCCACCCCCUCCCCCCUAGUCCAUACUAAUACACAUACAUACUUAUAAUUUAAUGUAAACGACCAGAAUUUUAUCAUUUUUACUGAUUUUUAAAUUAUUCUCUACUUUUACUUACAUAUAGCAGCUUAAACUUAUGCCAUUUAUACUAAAUAUUUCUUUGUGUACUUACUUCCAAUAGAUAAUUGAAUUAUACAAAUCAUUAAUUACUAGCUGUUUAUUUUUACCGGUUAGCAAACAUUUGCUUUACUAAACUCUACCAAACAUUUUGCUCUUCAGGGGUGUCUUGGGUAUUUUGAAUAUAUAUUCGUCCGCAUGCCCAUUAGUUUUAAUACUAUUUAUUUGUUUAUUAUUAAUUUUUUUUUCAUGUAUAAAUUUAAGAUUUAUUAUUAUUAAAUAAUGCUCGUGAAUAAAAUUUGAGUUAAUGCGUUGUAGAAUUUUAUUUAAGUACGUAAAAAUAAAAGGGGGGAUUAUAAUUUACAUACCACUUUUACAAUAUUAUAAUAUAAUUUUCGACAUCAAAAGUAAUAUUGUAAUCAGUAGCUCGAAAACCAUAAAUAACGAUUAUAGCCGCAACCAAUAAAUAUUAUUACUAUUUUUAUAUUCAUAUUAAUAUGUAUGUAUGUUUGUUCUAAAAUGCCCGAUAUUAUAUGUGAUAUAGCAAUAUUUGUGGCAAUCCCCCCUCCCUCUGACUGAUGAUCUAUCAUUUUAAAGCAGAAGUGUUGAAAUAUUUACAAUGAUAAUAUUAUAUUAAUACAUUGUAGAUCAUUAUAUCUUAUGAGAAUUGACUCUCACGUGUAAUAUAUUAUAUAUGUAUAUGUUAAAUAUAAAUAUAACAAAGAGAUAUCGUAUGAACGAAGAUCUUUUUUAUUAAUGCAUUUCUUUAUAAUACUCAUAUAUAUAUUACGUAAUUGGUCUCGCUAAUUAAAAAAUUGUUGUUACUAAUCACUACAACUAGUUCUGAUGAUAUAGAUCAGCGGAGUGCUUUGUGUAAUAUUUUCAUAAAAUUAUAUGUAUAAUGUAUUGGCCCACCUAUCUUGUAAAACUUGGCGUUUUUAACGUUUUCCGUGCAAGCAUAAAUGUUGGCUAUGUAGGUCAACAAAAAAAUUAUUUAUUAGCAGUUAAAUAAAUUGUUUCAUAUAUAUGUAUUUACUAAAUGUUUUGAUACAAAUUGUGUUUUAUGAAAUCAACAGCUCUGUAUGUAAUUUGUAUUUUUGCUAUUGUGUCGAGUCUAACAAAAUCAGUUUCAACAUUUGUUCAUUUUCAUAUUCCACACACAAAUUACUAUUGCAUUUUACAUAAUUAUUAUUUUCUAAAUUAUGUAUACAUAAUACCUAUAUAUAUAUUAUUAUUAUUAUUGUUAUUAUGUAAAAUCAAUAAUUUAAUUAUUCAGAGUAAAUUUUUGUAAUGUCAUAAUUAUUGUUUACUACAGGAAACAUAAUGUUACUGUUUAAUUAUGUAAUGGCAUUAAGCAAUUUGGUGUUGAAUAGCACAAAUCUGGUAAUCUGAUACCUAUUUAAAUUGAUAAUUUGUACUAUUUCCUGCUUGUAUAACAAAAUAUGGUUUUCAUGGGAUGUAUAACAAAGAUGAUGUGAUAUGUGAAAUACUAUUAAAUUAAAUACUAAAUAUUUUUUUUUUAACAAUAUUAAUUAAUAACAAUUUUUAGUACAAUAAUAAUAAAAGGUUAUCAGACUUCACCAGUGACAUUGCUUUAGCAUUACACAAAAACAAAAAAUGAAUUAAGUAUGUCGAUAGAUUAAUAUUAAUAUAUAUAUAAAUGUGUAUUUUUUUUUUUUACUGUAGUCAUGUAGACAAUAUUUGUUAAUUUCCUGAAAAAGUUAUACCCAUGCUGUGCAGUAUGAACUUGUAAAUUUUUCUUUAAGGUGCGUUUGUUAAAAGCAAUUAUAUAAGUUCAUUAUUUUAUGAUGUAAUAAUAUUUCUUUAAAUAAAUUUCACAUGAAUCAAAUUUUUCAUUUUUAAGAUUUUUAACAAACGUGACCUUAAAAAUAGUGUAAUAAUAGUGUAUGUUA